UGAAAUCCAUGAUGAUUAUUUACACGUUUGUACUUUUUUUUGUUGUCAUUUCCAUAGCAUGACCUAUAUUUUACCAAGAAACCUGCAUCUUUUCGUUACAGCUCCGACAACUUCCUUGCGAUGGUGCAAAUGUGUGAAACUUUAUUCAAAUUCAGCAAAUAUUACAAAACUAAUCUGCCGAGCAAAAAACACCCGUUAAGCUAUUCGGCGGUUGUCGAAAACAUCUCCGUUCCCAUGGAAAAUUUCAUUGAGAAAUGCGACUUCAACGAUUAUUUCUCAUGCGAUUAUCUGUUCCAUUACGUCAUGACCGAUAUGGGCCUUUGCGUCAAUUUCAACAUGCUGCACAAACAUCGGAUGUUACGAGAGGGGUCGUUUCCCAAAAAUGAUCCCUUCAUAUUCCCUCGUGGCAGAGGUCUACGUACCGGAUGUGACGACAAUGGACGUGUAAUUGAUGUAGACGCUCUUUUGGGGGUCGAUAAAGCAUCUCAAGAAGAGAAUUCCACUUCUACAACCACUGCAAGUCCACGAAACAUUCGGAAGAGAUCAGUCCCUAGGGAUCGGGAUUCUAUCGAUAUCUGGUUCCCGGAAGAAGGAUACAUUGAAAAGCACACCCGGGACAUGAUCCCUAUUCGAGGACUGGGAGCUGGAAAGUACAGGGCAUUCAACUUGGCCUUGAUUGGCCACGAAGACGACAUGAGUAAGAAAUGCGACGAUUCGCAAAUUCGAGGUCACAAAAUUCUUUUUCAUUCCCCGGUGGAUUAUCCACACAUGAUUAACUCGGUGGUGAUCCCAUUUGAUCACAUCACACAGAUAGCCGUCAAGCCGCUGGUUGUGAAAACAAGUCCCAAAGUACGUAACUAUCCUUGGGAGAAACGCCAAUGUUUCUUCGAAGAUGAGCGCUAUCUGAAGUACUUCCUGGUCUACACACAGAAUAACUGCGAACUCGAAUGUCUAUCGAACUUCACCCUGGCAAUGUGCCGUUGUGUAAAAUACUCCAUGAUGCGCUCGGAAGAGAUGGAGGUUUGUGAAACAAGCGAUUAUACGUGCCUCUAUCAUGCUGAGAUGGAUUUCGUCAAAACUGAAGAUCCAAAUCGACGGUUUACUUAUUUUAAAAGACCAAAACUGAAUGCUUUCGACUUCAGGGCUGCGUGCAACUGUUUGCCAGCUUGCACAACGUAUCAGUACGAUUUUGAAAUUUUCAAGCAAAGCUUUGGAAGUGGUAAAAUUGACGGCAUAUCCGCAGACUACCUGGGAACUCUCAGCGUAUUCUUCAAGGAACCGCAGUUCAUCGCGAUGAUCAGAUCGGAGCUGUAUGGAUUUACGGAUUUCAUUGCUAACUGUGGAGGUCUGCUGGGGCUCUUCACGGGCACCAGUCUGCUGAGUUUAGUGGAAAUUGCUUACUUUUGCUUCGUGAGACCUUUGAGCAGAAGAAUCAAUAGAUCCAGGGUCAGUAGUGUGCAUAGUCUACCGCCAGUUAUAAGUACAGUAUCCGGGAAUGGGAAGGCAUGCGAAGAAAUACAGCCAGUGGAGAAAUGAUCAAAUUGGAGAAUUGCCGCUCAGUGAAUCAAUAUUUAUUUAUUUAUUUGGUUUUACAUUAAUUAGCUUGGUAAAUCCUCGCCAGCAAC